CUACUCAAACAUUAGCCUAGCCACGACAAUACACACGAAACAGGUAUUAUAAUUUAAAAUUUAUAAGGUGCAAGUAUUAUAGUAUCAUCAAUUUCUCUUCAAUAGACAUUGUCAGGAUUUUGAAAAAUUAUAGUCGUUGACCGUUCUGUGUUCAAUGUUAAUCUAUUUUUGAAUUACACUAAAAUAUAAUAAUAUAAUAAUUAUAAACAAGUUUGUUUUUAUACCAUCAUCAGUACUAGUGAUUGUUACAGUACACUUCAAUAAUAGGUACUAUGUCUGUGAAAGAGGAGAUGGAUUCUGUACAAAAACCUGCUCUGAAAUCCUAUAAAUAUGAAUCUGAAAGUUUUAAAAACAAUUUUCACAAAGACAAAAUGUUUGAAGUACUUCAAUCUUCCCGCAAUAAAAAUGACAGAUUUUGUGAUAUUAAAUUACAAACAGAUGACGGUACUGUAAUAUAUGGACAUAAAAAUAUAUUGGCAUCGGCUACUCCAUAUUUCAAUGCUAUGUUUUCUAAUUUUGGUGAAAGCAACAAAGAUCUUGUUAAUAUAAAAAAGUUUGACUCCACCAUUUUACAACUGUUGAUUGACUAUAUUUAUACAGGAGAAAUCAUGAUUACUCAAGAAAAUGCACAGCUUGUGUUAGCAGCUGCAGAUCUUUUACAGCUAGACUAUGUAAAACAAGUAUGUGUUAAGUUUUUACAAGAACAACUGGAUCCUUCAAAUUGUCUUGGUAUUAAAGUAUUUGCUGACUUACACAACUGUGUAGAACUUUUAUCAAAAUGUGAAGCAUUUAUUAAAAAACAUUUUUUAGAAAUGGUUAAAUAUGAUGAGUUUUUAUAUUUAUCGUCCGAAGAAGUGAUUAAGUUAAUCUCGUGCAAUGAUAUUGCUGUUCCAUUUGAAGAAAAAGUAUACGAAUGUGUUCUUAAAUGGGUAAAACAUAAAUUGAAUGAGAGAAAACAUUUAUUACCCAAUCUAAUGGAACAUGUGCGUUUGCCAUUAAUUUCAAAAGAGUAUUUAUUAGAAAAUGUAGUUGAUCUUCUAAAAAAUGAUCCUAAAUGUAAAGAUUAUGUAAUUGAAGCAUUACAUUUUAAUCUAAUUAAGUCUGUAAAUCCUUCCUCUAUUCCUGAAACGAUUCGGAAUAAACCUAGACAGUUCCCAAAAAUUGUUUUAGUGUUAAAUUCGUGUAUUUCAAAUGACAAGUUUAUUUUAAACUGGUACGACCCAGCAACCAACCAAGUGCAGAUUGCAUCAGAAAAUACUAACUUCUGUCAGUCAUCUAAUCUGUGCGUUGUAAAAGAUCGAUUUGUGUUUGUUGUGAAUAGAGGACGGCUGAAUUCUGUUGUAAUGUUAGAUACAUCCUUACAAUUGCACUGUUCUGUUCACAAGCCAUAUUUGUCAGUUGGUCGACAAUCAUAUGCAGUUGGUCGACAAUCAUAUGCAGUUGGUCGACAAUCAUAUGCAGUUGGUGUAUUAAAUGAUUGUAUAUAUGCUAUUAGCGGCCAUGCAGUGUAUUCUCCUUCCCUCAAACGUUAUGAAAUGCCUGUAGAAGUUUUUAGCCUCGAUACUCAAAAAUGGAAAAUGGUAUCAAGUAUGUCUAAUAUGAGAAGUAAUUGUGGUGUUGGAGUGCUCAAUAACCUCUUAUAUGCAGUAGGAGGUUAUAAUGGUAGGAGUUUGAAAUCUGUUGAUUGUUAUGAUCCCAUUCAAGACAGUUGGGCCCCAAUUGCAGAAAUGUCAAUAAGGCGGACUUGUGUUGGUGUAGGAGUUUUGGACGGCAUAAUGUAUGCUGUUGGUGGAUAUAAUGAAUCAGGAGUUCUUAAAAGUGUUGAAGCUUAUAACCCCAGUUAUGGAGUUUGGACAUCGAUUGCUGAUAUGCAUUUAGGCCGAGAGAACCCUAGAGUAGUGACAUUGGGUGGUUUAUUGUAUGUUAUUGGAGGAACUCGAUUGUUUCGAACUACUACUGAAGUUGAAAUUUAUAAUCCUAAAAUCAAUUCCUGGUCAAUGGAAAUAGUAUCAAUAAGUGAUCCAAUUUAUGAAGCGGUGGUCGUUGAUAGACCAUUACAUUUAAGAAUUAAUUAUUAUAAUUUUAACUUUAAUAGCAUGGACAGUAAGUUAAAACGUACAAUUUAUAACAACUGCACUUGUUUUAACGAAUAUCAAACUAUUCACACGGUAGACUUAAUCAAGAAAUCCGACGGAGAAGAUUCGUACAGACGGCGACUGACCCGACAAGUUUCUAUGCAUACUCUAAAUGGUUUCAACGAACUCCGUCUGAACGUAAAACUCUGCGACGCGUCAUUGAUACUUGAUAACGGUGACACAUUUCCAAUACAUCGAUCAGUGUUGAGUGGCUCCAGCGAUUAUUUUAGAAUACUCUUCACCACCACGUUGCAUGAAGGAGAUUACACGAAAAUAAAUCUAAAAUCGAUAGAAAGUACUACGAUGGAAUUUAUUUUGCAGUACAUUUACAUGAGACAAAUCGAUAUUAACUAUGAUAACGUAAUGGAUAUUAUGCGGACAGCGGAUUAUUUAUGCAUAGACGGCUUGGUGCAACUCUGUCACGAAUUUGUCGUCGAAUGUUUGGGACCUGAUAACUGUGUUACUAUAUUGCAAUUUGCCGAUUAUUAUUACUUUGGAGCGUUGACAAGUGCAGCGUACAAAUACAUCAUCAAAGAAUUUAUGACGAUUGCCGAACAAGGCAAUGAGUUAAUGAAACUUCGGCACGAAGAAUUCAAACUAAUAAUCGAAAAUAACCAAUUGAAUGUGAAACGGGAAGAGUUUGUUUGGGACGUGGUACUGAAAUGGGUGGACAGGGAUCCCGAAAGACGGAAAAACGAUUUAUUGUUUCUGCUGCCCAAAAUACGUUUUGGUCUCAUGGACACAAAAUAUUUCAUCGAAAACGUCAAGGAUCACCAUUACAUAGACAACCGAAAAGAUUGUAAACCUUACGUAAUGGAGACAUUGAAAUUCAUGCACAACCUACAGCUGACACCGAGCUUGGCCGAAACCAUAGCACCGUCGCUCGCGCGUCCCAGGUACCCGUUCGAAGUGCUUUUCGCCAUCGGCGGCUGGAGCGGUGGCAGCCCGACCGCGGUUAUUGAAACGUACGACACAAAAUCCGACCGGUGGACAAGGAUAUUCGAAGAGGACACGCACGGGCCGCGAGCGUACCACGGCACUAUCGUCAUGGGACAUUACAUCUACAUAAUCGGAGGGUUCGACGGGUUGGAAUAUUUCAACUCUUGUAGGAAGUUCAACGCGGUCACUAAAGUUUGGGAGGAAGUAGCUCCGAUGAACUGUAAGAGAUGUUAUGUCAGUGUUGUGUUAUUAAACGGUAUUAUUUAUGCAAUGGGUGGAUUCGACGGUCACCAUCGGCUAAGCUCUGCGGAAAAAUACGAUUUCGAAAGAAACCAGUGGACAAUGAUAGCACCUAUGACUUCUCAGAGAAGUGACGCCUGUGCAGCCGUGAUGAAUGGCAGAAUAUACAUUACCGGCGGGUUCAACGGACAAGAGUGCAUGAACACCGCAGAGACUUACAACGUGGACACCAACGAGUGGACGCUAAUACCGCCCAUGCAGACCAGGCGCAGCGGCGUGUCCUGCAUAACGUACCAUAACUGUCUGUACGUUAUCGGUGGCUUCAACGGGCUGGUGAGGAUGAACAGCAGUGAGAAGUUCGACCCGACCACCAACCACUGGUCACCGGUGGUGGACAUGUGCAACCCCCGGAGCAAUUUCGCGGUCGAGGUGCUGGACGACAUGAUAUUCGUGGCCGGCGGUUUUAACGGAGUAACCACCAUAGCUCAGGUGGAGUGUUACAACGAUCGCAUGGACGAGUGGUUCGAAGCGAAAAACAUGCAAGUGUACAGGUCCGCGUUGUCGGCGUGCGUUAUGAAAGAUUUACCAAACGUCGAAUAUUACAUGCCUCUGGACCGGGAUAGACUGGAAGAAAGCCGGAAAAUCAUCGUCAGGAACAGCCGGCCAAACAAUAACGAUGACACAGAACGCGUUGACAACGAAUUCGUCAAUACAGUAGCCAUUCAAGUGAAUAAUAACCAAAUUGAUGUCGACGACAACGAUGCCGUGAUAAUAAUUGACUGAUAGAUAACUACCUAGGAAGCAUAAAAGUACCAUGAUAACUACUAUUAUCUAAAAUGUUUAUGAUGUUAUCACGCAGGUUCGCGUGGUAUUAAAUAUAUUUUAAACGAUAA